UUGGCGUUACCUUGUUUGCUUUCCUAGAGCCACUGUUGGUGUUGAUCGAAUAUGUUCCUUUUGGGGAUCUGUUGGGUUACCUGAGAAAGAGCCGUGGAUUAAAUGAUAAUUACUACAAACACCCGGAUAUCGAACCAAAAACAAAUCUAACGUCACAGCAGCUGAUGAAGUUUGCUUGGCAAAUUGCUGAUGGGAUGUCCUAUUUGUCAUCGAUACCAGUUAUUCAUCGAGAUCUUGCAGCUCGUAAUGUGUUGGUUGGAGAAGAGGAAACGUGCAAAGUGACGGACUUUGGAAUGGCCAGAGAUGUGCAAGUGGACAACAUUUACGAAAGAAAAACCAGGGGACGUCUUCCCGUAAAAUGGACCGCCAUUGAGGCGUUGCUUUACGGAAAAUAUUCGACGAAGAGUGAUGUGUGGAGCUACGGAGUUCUCCUCUAUGAGAUUUUUACGAUUGGUGGUUCACCUUAUCCACGAAUGGAUGGAAGAAAAAUCGCGAACUCACUUCAAGAGGGAUACAGAAUGCCUAAACCACAACAUGUGGAUGAUAAGUUGUAUGAGAUAAUGACAAAAUGUUGGAAAGACGACCCCAACUUGAGACCAUCCUUUGAAAAUUUGUGGAACAAACUCAGGGAAAUGGAAAACCAGCACAAGGGGCUGAUAAACUUAAGAAAUUACGACGAUCGACUCUACGUUAAUGUUGACGAUAUGGCCGAGUAAGCCAGCAAAUUCUCCAGGCUGGAAAGGAUGAAGUGAUUAUUAUUGCAGCCUCCAUUAGAUCAUCUUUUAUUUUCCUCGUAUGUUUUCUUAGUUAUUUGCUGAUUGAUUUAAAAGCAACUCUAAAAAUUAAGCUGAUUAAAAGUAAAGCUUUAUUGUUGCGCAACGAGCGCAGCGAGCGAGCAGCAUCAUAAUCAGGAUUUGAAUUCUCGAAUUCAUCACUUAUUACCAGAAUGCAUUGCAGCUUUUAACCAGAGUGCAUUGUGCCACGAUUGUUUUUUUUGGUGUGUUGCGUAACAUAGCGUUACUACUGUAAGAACAUUUCCUAUAUGUACUCAAAGGUUUUGUAAAUCUACUUUCCGGAGUAAAGGCAAAUUAAUUAAUCGCGAUUAUUGUAUGGAAAAUCUACAAUCUUGACCACUGAAUGAAGGACAGUUCAUUAAGAGCAAUGAAAGGAGUCACUUGAUAUGUACCUUGCGAAAGUUGACUCGCUGGUAAGCCGGAAAGCAAAAGGCAGUUGACCGAUAGUGUUCAUUGGGCCUGUGCGACUCCUGCCACUCGCUAGCGCUUUUAAAUAUUCUACCCUCAACAUUUUUAAUGUGACCGUAAAAGCUCUUAUUAGGAUAUCUCUUAAUGACUUUCCUUUGCGAUGUAAUAAUAAGGGUUAGUUUUAAGAUUUCACUUCCCCAUCUGUAUGUUCUUGACGUUUGGGAAAGGCGGAUGAGAUUGUGUUGCAAAAGGCAAUAUUUUCCUUUUGUGCGCGCCCUUUUCUCUAUUUUUUGUAUACUUUCUCUCCCUCAGAAAAUGGCUUCAGAGAUAUGUUUCUCGAUGUAAGUCCUGGAACACGCAGGUAGAUAUAUCAAUGCGAAAUUAUGUCAUUAUCAACAGAAUGUGCCGCAGCAUCACUGUCUUUUAGGUACAUUAGUCGCACAAUAGUAUAUAUUUUUAUAUAGUUUUUUUUUAUAUAUUUUUUCAAUUUUAAGUCUGGAAAAGCCAAACGAUUUUGUAUACACGAGUCUCAAACCUGCACUUAGCGUUAUACAGUUAUAUAACUUUUUUAGACAAAACAUGCAUUUUCUCUUAAAAUGUGCCAAGAGAUCCAUGCAAUAAAUAU